GAUUAACCGUAAUAGGCUAUCGGCCCGGUACCGUAGCCUGCACGGUCCCUCCUGUGACCCUUGCCCUUCUUGGCAGGACCUUUGUUCGAUUCGGCCGCAUGCUCGACCAAGUAUGAGGCCGCCCAGGCAAGGUUAUUAUCGUCGACGCCAGCGAGCUCCUCUGGCACAUCGCGCUGUUUCGCCUUUAGCGGCUCCUGCUUCUCGAGCUCCAGGCAGUGAGCGGUGCCAGAAACCGCGAGGCAUUGCAUGUUCUUUGGGCAGUGUAUCGGGAUGUACUCGGUGUUCUUGCAGUGCAGGUAGACGUUGAUGUUGUCCUUGUCGCAAGCACGCUGGCCAUCAGCAGCGCAGUUGUCCCAGGCAUGCGCACUGAUGGCUGCCUGCUGGCUGCCUGACUGGGCUGAUCUUGCAACCAGAUGCUUGCCGAUGCGUCGCGCGUUGGCGCCAAGCACUGCAUCCGGAAAGACCCAGCUCUUAUCCUGCAAAAGGUCCGAGUUCAGCGGGCGGGGGUGGAUCGCUCCGCUGUCGGGCUGCUGCAGAUCCAGCAGUUGCCGAUGUGAGCUGGAUCACCGUGUAGAGAGCCAAGAGCUGGCCGACAUAGUUGAGUUUCAAGCCAACCAUGGUGCAAGUCGUGUAGAAUAUAAAAAUGCGAGCUGUCUAGUCUGGAUGUCAAGGAGGAGAAACUGCAGACAAGUUUGAAUGGUUAUUUGGCAUGGUUGAUGGAGUGCAGUGCAGUAUAUGUA